ACUAUGGUCCGCAUUGCUGACAGUCAGCAGCACGAGCAUGGAACAUAGCCUACUCACAGCAAGGCACUCUUCCGCCAGCGAAAUUGAAGCUUGCGAAGGACCAGACCGACCGCAUGCCCCGACCACAAGUUGCCGUGAACACAGCACACACUCCUGCGAACGAUCCGUCUUUACAGUUCACCUCGCCUCAGGUUGUACCUGUCUGCUUCUAUACAGCUACCUUGGCCUGCACGCCGCCAACCCGGCACCAGACGCAUGCGUCGUCCCGCCCUUCCGCUUCUCUAGGCGCCCAGUACAGCUAGACGCCCAGCGGCUGACUCAUGCGUAAGUGUGGCGGCUCUGACUGCAAUUGUGUUCGUCCUCAUGCUCUUCACGCUAGAGACACUGCUAAGGCGCCUAUCGGCAACAGCGCUGGAUCGAUCCCAUCGGCACACAUCGGGCGCACUCAAUGCCUCUCCUAGGCUCACCAGUAUCUCAUCUGCGUCCUGUUACCGUGAGGUACGUCGUCCUGCCUGCACUGCAACCGUGUCCAUGCACGCCACACAAGUGCCAUUCACUGCUCGAGGAACUUCUCAAAGUUCCAUAAAUCCAGCUUCUUCCCGCCAAGCGCCGCAGUUACCAGGAUGGGCGAAGCGAGCCAGCUCGCGCCGCGAUAUGUUAUCCCAGCCGAGGACAAGCCUUUCAUCUUCCCACAUCGGGCAGCGUUAGAGGGCACGCCGCGUAGUCAACUAGGGUAGGUUCUUCGCCUUCAUGAAGUCGUUGAAGUCGUGAGGCGCGGUCAGGUGAUAGGUCUAUCGUCGGGCAUCGUGGGGCAUCAUCGUCCGCGUCAUGAG